AACGGUGGGAGUUGUAAUCCAGCAUCCUCUGGAAGGCCCAAAGGUUCCUCACACCUGAAACAAACAGGUGCUGAGCCUACUAAGCGCAUCUUACUAGAGACUCCGCCCUCCGCAAACCAUAGCGGUUUUUACAAAUCAAACGCAGCACCCUGAAUUAGCCCCAGAAACAAGCACGAGGUUGUUGUUGUUGUUGUUUUUGGGGGGGAAGAGAAUCGAGAGAAGACCAGAAGAAUCCUUGUCCUUUGACCACUGAUAGGGUCAGCACUUUCCUGCUUUCGCCAGAAUUCUUCUUUCAGUGGCAGCCCCUUCUCGCCUCCCAGACGGUAAGCCUCCUGGAACCUUUGGUCGGAAGACUGGGGAGAAGCUUCCCCCGUUUCGCGCAAAACAGCUGCCGAGCAGCAUUUGCAGUUGCCGGGCUGCAAAGCGAGGGAGUCAGCUCCGCUCCGGCGGGAGAGCGUGCGAGCGGAAGGAGGAGACGCCUCGAGUCCCGGGGCCUUUUCCUGAGCAUGGGGGGCUGCCGAGGCCUGAGGAUCCUGUGAUGGGCUGGGCGACCUGGGACGGCGCUGGAUGUAUCCGGACUUCCAAGCCCUCCCCAGGGGCGGGGACGCGCGCCUUCCUCCUCAGCACCCUUCGCGGAGGGAAGAAGCCGAGCCACCGCCCCGGAACUACCGAGUUGAGCAGGAGGAGGCCGGGCCAGCCAGUUCCAGUAGCGAAGAUCGAUCGGAAGGGGAAAACGAAGAGGAGCCAAGACGGCGAGGGGCCGGCCGUCGAGUCCCGCUUGGCGCGUCCUUCGUCCCCAUCAAGGGCACCUGCUUGCAGAGGUGGAGCAGGACCAUGCCGCCCUCCAAAGAUGUCGUGAAAAUUGCCGUGCAGAUGAUGGGUGCCAUCCCUCAGCUCAUAGAGCUUAAUCAGGCCAAGCCGUUGUCAGCUGUUGUGAAAGAGGUCUGCGAUGCGUGGAAUCUGAAUAAUUCAGAGCGCUAUGCUCUGCAAUAUGUGGACGGCCAGCAAGCAUACAUCACAGAAUCGAAUCGCGGAGAGAUUAAGAACGGGAGCAUCCUGCAACUGACCACUGCUCCGGAUCAAGAGGCAGGAAAGCUACACGGUGGGAUUCAAAGCAACAACCUGGAUGUGAAGUCUGACUCUUUGAAGAAGCUGGCAGGCCUCUCCCGAGAUGUCGCCUUUGCUCAAGAGUUCAUUAGCAGAAAUGGCCUUAACCAGCUCUUCCUCAUUGUGGAAGAGGACAACAAUAUAGGGGAGAUUCUAGCCUAUGCUCUGAAGGCCUUCGUGGAGCUGAUGGAGCACGAUUUCGUUUCCUGGGAGAUUCUCAGUCCGGCUUUCAUCAAAAAGAUUGUGAGCUAUGUCAACGUAGUCCCGAUGGAUGCCUCCAUCCAGCAGAUUUCAUUGGCCAUCUUGGAGAACAUGGUACCCACCAGCCGUUCUCUCUUUGAGCUGGUCAAGCAACAAGUGACUGUGGACCGUCUCAUCAGCCUUUUGCAAGUAAUGAAUCGGCAGCUGCAACUGAAAGCCAUGGCUCUUCUUAUCGCCCUGCUCCUCAAUGCCACCGAGCCAGAGAGGAGGGACAUGAUGGAAUAUCUGGGGGAGAAGAACCUCAGGCAAUUUAUCCACAAGAACAUUGUCCACGCCUCUGAGCCAAUCGGUGACGAGAUGGCCCACUACUUGUAUGUGCUGCAGUCUCUCACGUUGAACCUCCUGGAGCGGAGGAUGAGAACCCCCAUGGAUCCCUAUUCACAGGAACAGAGAGAGAUCCUCCAGUCGCUGCGCCAUGUGGCCUUUGUGUCUGAGAAUGAAUUGUCUGCCAGCAGCUCCAAUACCGAGCGGCGGCACUCCCUUUGUGCCAAGGAAUUCCGCAAGCUAGGCUUUCUGAAUAACACUAACCCUGCAAUGGAUUUGCACCGCAUCCCUCCGGGGCUGCUUGCCCUGGACAGCAUGGUCUAUUUCUCCAGACAUUCCCCAAGUGCCUACAGCAGGUUCAUUCUUGAAAACAGCAGCCGAGAAGAUAAACACGAGUGCCCGUUUGCCCGGAGUAGCAUCCAGCUCUCUUUCAUGCUUUGUGAGAUCCUUCACGUGGGGGAGCCUUGCUCUGAAACAGCCCAGGCCUUCUACCCCAUGUUCUUUGGCCAAGAAUAUUUUUUUGAGGAGCUCUUCUGCAUCUGCAUUCAGCUGUUGAACAAGACGUGGAAGGAGAUGCGUGCGACACAGGAAGACUUUGACAAGGUGAUGCAAGUGGUUCGGGAGCAGAUCACCAGAACCCUGGCCUUAAGACCCACUUCGCUGGAGCUCUUCAAGAGCCGAGUGAAUACGCUCAACUACAGUGAGAUCCUACGUCUGCGUCAGACGGAACGGAUGCACCAGGAGGAGAUUCUAGCUGCGCCAGUCCUGGAACUGAGAGAGCGCCUGAAACCUGAGCUUCUCAAACUGAUCCAGCAGCAGAGACUCCUGCACCUCUGUGAAGGAACCCUUUUCCGCAAAAUUAGCAGCCGGCGGAGACAGGAUAAGCUCUGGUUCUGUCGUCUUUCUCCCAACCACAAAUUUCUGCACUAUGGAGAUGUCGAAGAAGGCGUAGAAAGUCUGCCGAUAGAAAGCCUGCAGGAGAAAGUUCCUGUGGCAGACAUGAAAGUGCUGCUUGUGGGCCGGGAUUGCCCUCACACCAAGGAGAAGAGCUCUGGGAAGCAGAAUAAGGAUCUCCUGGACCUCGCCUUUUCAAUCAGCUAUGAUGUUGGGGAGCACCUCAAUUUCAUUGCUCCUACACACUACGAAUUCUGCUUAUGGACCGACGGGUUGAAUGUGCUCCUGGGCCGAGAGACGCGGCAACAUUUGGGAUCUCUCAGAUUUCGAAUGAUUUCCUCCGAGAUGUUUAGUCAGGGACUUGGGAACACGUUGGGGGACAAGGACUUAGGGUCACAAGGACUGAAAAUGGAACACUACGAAGGAGGAACAGAGCUGAACCACUGACUCCCAGCCCCCUGUGUGGCCUUCUUGCAUCUAAAGCCAGCACCUGCAACCAUGGUGCUAGAACGUUACUUUAAAAGAAAGAGAAGCCUGCCUUCUCUAGAUCCUGGAUUGUACUUUAUAGAGACUAUAUCCCGGGAUCUACAUGUGAUGAUGAGCAGCUGUGCAGACGCCCUGCUCCCACAGGCAAAAUCUGCCGCUUUACCAACGGACCAUUUGGUCGAGGUCUUGUUAAUCCUGUGGUGAGGUCGCCUCAGUCAUGCAGUUGGCCUGUUUUAUGCAAAUUAACGGCAUUUGGGAAACUUGUUCAGUGGGUUGAAGUCUGACUGUUGCCACUGUGGGAUUUGGGUUUGAAGUGAAAGAGGCAGAAACCCUAUGGUUAGCAGUCCACCCCCCCCCAUCUACGGCUCCAGGGGUAGCAAUGUGGUGCCCUCCAGGUGCUGAUAGACUACUACUCCCGCCAUCCCUUUACAUUGGCCUUGCUGGAUGUAGCAGUUGAGAGUCCCGACAAUAUCUCUCCUUCUGAGCCUUUUUCUCAGUCACAGCGAAGAGCUUUGAGGAAGCUUGGUGGGUCAGACUGAGCUUCCGCCGCGUGCAGCAUCCUGGGCUACGCACUCAGCAUCCUCAUUGCGUCCAGCAUCCAUUGAGCUUUGACUGAGAGUCUCAGUGGGUCAGAUUAAGGCUCCAUUGAGUCCACCCUCCUGUUUUUCUCUCUGUCCAGCUGGAUCAGGGAUGGGGAACCUUUUUCACUCGAGGGCUGCAGUUCCUUGUAGGCAACCUCUUGGGGGCUGCAUUGUAGCAGUAGGCCAGGCCCAAUGAAAGGCUGUCACUCUUACCUUUGUACAGGCUGAGGUUACAUCCUAGGCAAGCAAAGCUAGAGGUUUUUACAUACCCCGCACAUCUCUCCAUCCUCCUUCCUGUUCAGCAAGAGACAUUGCCACAGUUCAAAGACUCAUUCCAACCAGGCAAGAACGCUCGAGGGGCAUGUCCUGGAAGAGAGUCUCGAGGGCCAAAUAGGGGCUUGGAGUGUCGCAUUUGGCCCCAGGGCCUGAGGCUUUGUACUCCUCAGCUGGGUGGAUCUGCUCACUCCUAAACCAAGGCAUGAAUCUUCCCAGCUUAUGGAAUUCUGGAAUCACUCUUGAUCAGAGAUUUGCCAUUUGGGGGGAGGGGGGGGAGAGGCAGAGUCCUCCUUAUUCCAGGAAGAAAUUAAAUCUCCCACCUUAGACAUUUCCCUUCUGCAGCACACUUCACAGUGCCCUCUUUCCUAGUUCUGCUUAGCCUGAAUGUUGUCGGUACUCGAUCUACCUUUGCUACAUUUUGAAAGGCGGGAACUAGCACUUUACGAAACCGGCUACCUGGCCAUACGAGAGAUCUGUUUUCUGAUCUGCCUGAGCAACAGGAGAGCUGGUAGGGCAAGGUACUCUGUCUAAAACUGUAGCAUAUCUACCUUUUCAAGGUACUUUUUCCAUGAUUGUGGCAAGCGAGGUACAGGAUGGAGAGAGGUACUUCUUUUCCGAUGAUUCCCACUUUUCAAAAACUUUUUUUUUGUAGGCUCCUGAAUCAGGGCCUACUCCAGAAAAAGGCUCUUAAAAUGUGCUCAGAGUUUUCUUGGAAGUCUUUUCAGGGUAUGCAGUAUGUGACAUGGUACUUAUUAAGCCAGGGAUAUCUGUCUGUGUUGCUUUUGAACAAUUUCCCUCAAUUCUGCACCGAGCAAAGAUGGAUUCUGUGGCCAACAUCAACUGUGCAAAUGGAUUUUAAAUACCUUCUGUUAUUUUGCAGUUCUUAUUCUUCUUCAUACUUCUAGCUUUUGCUAGCCCUGGAGAGAGAGUGGAGCCAUGCAGGCACUGAAGCCUGUGCUAUGGCCACUGGAUAAUUUGUCCUACCCCCAACCCGCUGUGAUUUUUACCAGGCAUUGCCCAUGUAGGGCUAGAAGCUUGCUCUCUCUCUCUCUCUCUCUCUCUCUCUAACAAAAACAGAGAUUCUCAGGAAGCUGAAUACUGCCCCCUCCCCAGCGUGCCACAUUUUGCACUCCAAUACUUGAGCAAAACCAUGGCAUGCACAGAGCUCUUGUUUGUAGCCUCUCUGUGGUAGCUGACAGUGGUGAGCAAAGGCUAACUUUUGGUGUCCUAGAAGGAUCUUGGGGGGUGGGAAUGUACAAACGAUAUGAGACGCCACCAGGCUGGCCAUCUGCUCCUCCUGGUUCCCUCUUUGGGAGCAGUGAUGGGCGAAAGCCAGAAAGGUGACGCUUGGGUGAUGUUCCCCUUGGCAGCCACUUUCUUUGUCCUUGUCAGUCAUUUUGGAAGUGAAUGUGAUCUUGUUUGCUUUCACGUGUAAGUUCUCUAGAUGUAUUGCACGCACACACAUAUAUACUGUAUAUCUCACAGCACUAUUUGCCUCUUUAGAAACACUGAGUCCAAUUGCACUGGAGCGACCCUUUCCUCAUCUCCACCCUUGUCCCCUCUCUGUGUAUUAAUUACUCCUGCAGUAUUGUAAGUGCCCACUGACUAUAAUAGGAAACAUUCCUUUCUUUCAGUAUCUCUUGUAAAGGGACUUCCCAGACCCCUUGAAUUCCUUCCUGCUCAGGUGCUUCUACUGUAACAUGUUCACUGUGGUACUGCCUUUGGCAAAGAGGCCUUCAUCAUUAUCAUCAUCAUAAUAAAAAAGGGAAUUAUCUUUAUGCA